CCAAUCAGUGUGAGGAGGCGGGAGGAUGCUAGCCAAUCAGCGUGCACGAUAGGCGAGGCAGGGGGUUGAGGAGUCCUGCGCGGACGCUGCCGGCUCCCGAGCUUCUGUCAGGGGAGCCGGGCGGGUGGAGGCGGCUGAGGAGGCGGGAGGGCAGCAGUUGGGUGUACAGGCGAUUGCUGACCUGCGGGGAGGAGAUCCAAAGGAGCGGGCAACCAUGGUGAUGGCGGCGAAGAAGGGCCCAGGCCCGGGUGGCGGGGUCGGCGGGGGAAAGGCGGAGGCGGAGGCGGCCUCGGAAGUGUGGUGUCGCCGGGUGCGGGAGCUGGGCGGCUGCAGCCAGGCCGGGAACCGUCACUGCUUCGAGUGCGCGCAGCGCGGGGUCACCUACGUGGAUAUCACUGUGGGCAGCUUCGUCUGCACCACCUGCUCCGGCCUCCUGAGAGGCCUGAACCCCCCUCAUCGAGUCAAGUCCAUCUCCAUGACAACCUUCACUGAGCCUGAAGUAGUGUUCCUACAAUCCCGAGGAAAUGAGGUUUGCAGGAAAAUUUGGCUGGGUCUUUUUGAUGCUCGAACAUCUUUGAUACCAGAUUCCAGGGAUCCUCAGAAGGUGAAGGAGUUUCUGCAGGAAAAAUAUGAGAAGAAGAGAUGGUAUGUGCCCCCAGACCAAGUCAAGGGACUGGCUUAUACCAAAGGCAGUGCCUCCACCCCCAUGCAGGGAUCCAUCCCAGAAGGGAAGCCCCUGCGGACACUUCUGGGUGAUCCUGUGCCAUCUCUUGCAGCUGCUGCCUCCACUGCCAGCCAGUCUGUCAGUCAGUCUCAGCCUCGGACAUCCCAGCCCCGGAGCUCUCAGCCACCUCCCCACUCCUCUAUCAAGAAAGCCAGUACUGACCUGCUGGCUGACAUCGGUGGAGACCCCUUUGCUGCUCCCCAGGGGGCACCAGCUUUUGCUGCAUUCCCAACCUGUGGGGGCCAGACACCUUCCCAUGGGGGCUUUGCUAACUUCGACGCCUUUGGCAGUAGCCCCAGCUCCUCAGCCUUUGGAAGCAUUCCUCCAGCUGGCCAAGCCCUGUUCCAGACCCAGCCUCCACCCACAGCCAGUUGGAUGCUAACUGGAAGUUACCACUUUGGGAGCAGCCAGGUGACACCAUUUGGUGCUUCUUUCACACCUGCCAGUCAGCCCAACAGUCUCGCAGAUAUGGGCAGCUUCCUGGGGCCCAGGGCGCCAGCUGGAGGUAUCCCUGGCAGCGUCUUCGGGAUGGCUGGCCAGGUCCCCACAGUGCAGUCGGCCACGACUGGUGGAGGUGGUGGUGCAGGGCUUGCCUUUGGAGGUGAGUCUUCCUGCUUCACCACCCCUGCUGUUCACUCCCAGCUGCCUUCCACCAACCCAUUCCAGCCCAAUGGCUUGGCCACAGGGCCCAGCUUUGGGAUGAGCAGUGCUGGAACUGGUUUUCCCCAGUCAGUGCCGACCGGCAGGGCCUUUGCCAGCACCUUCCCCCCACCGCUGUUCCCUCCACAGACCUCGGUGGCCCAGCAGCAGAAUGACUGGAUCCUCCUCAAGCCCUUUUGCCUCCAAACCUCCAACCACCAACCCAUUCUUGUAGCACUGUGUCCUGGGGGGCCACGUCCCUGCUCCCUCGCUCUACUCCCUGGGGCUUUGGUGACCACUUGCCUUUGGCAUUUCUGUGGGUCUGAGACCAGAAGAGCCCUGUUGUACAGGGUAGGGGGCCUGGGGAUGGGUGGGCGUCCUAAUGCUUUGCUUGGGGCUUGCAGAUAACAGGGCAGCUUCUGGAUCACUUGCCCGCAAGGCUUCUCCCUCCUUCCCUGCAGCCCCACCCAGGUGGGAGAAGGCCCAGCCUAGAGGAGCACUGGUGUUUUAUUUCCCAUAUUAUUAAUUAGGAUGACAGUCUUGCUGCUCUCAGGCCCUCUGCUUACACCGCACUCCCUCCCCUCCCAGCCAGCGGGGCAGAGGAAGCUGUGGGCACAGACUGACUGUCGUCCCCUGGGAACAACUCUUCCCCCUGCCCAACUGUCCAGCGUUGUCCCCUCGUGGACAGAACACAGUGGGGAAAGCAGGGUAAAAGUGGACAUGAGGUUCGCUGUUGACAGGCCAGGGGCCAGAGUGCCCUCCGUGCCCCUGACUCGGGCCAGCACGCCCUUUUCUUCCCACCCCCACCGGAAAAGGAGGCCCUCGUGUUUUUGCUUCCCCUGCCCCCUCCCUCAUCCAGGGUGCUCAGGAUGAGUAGUUUUACCUACCUACUUAGACCUGCCCAACUCCUGGCAAGCACUUUAGUUAGCCGUGGUGUCAUGUUUGGAUACCAUUGUUUUAUAUUUAUACAUAGAGAGAAUUUUCUAAUAUAGCCUGUUAUAUAUAUAUAUGCACACACACAUACAGAUAUGCACUUGCAGCCAUUCCCCUUUCCAGACAGCUUACUACAUGAGGAAUGGAAUGAAUCCCCAUCUGUGCCUCUACCAGCAGAGCUGGAGCUCCAGAGGGUGGUGGGGAGAGGGCAGUCCCAUGUCCCAGAGCCUGGGCAUUUCCAGAGAAAGGCUUUGUACUAUUGGCUGGUUUUUUUCUUUCUUUUUCCAUGUGCCUCCUUCCCCUCCCCUCAAAUCUCUGCACCCAAGCUGUUGCAGGCAAUGCUGGAAAAGAACUGCCUUUGAAAGAGAAAGGAAAUGGCUCUCGUGGCCUUGCUUUGGACCAGCUUGAGGGACCUCACAUCAGUCAGCAUGAUGUCUGGGCCAGUGGCAAUGCUGCCCUAGGCCAAGGAUGGGACUCCCCGGAUUCAGAGCUAGAGUUGGUGUUAGCAAUGGGAGGGUGCCCAGUGGGAGUGGGGUGGCUGCAUUGAGGGGUGUUCCCACUGGGGGGCGGGGUGCAGGAGGUGGUGGGGAGAUGGGCGGGGCCUAGCCAGAGUAGACCACACCCAGGCCGUGCAUUCUCAGCCCCUCAAGCUGUUGCCACCUGAGGGUGUUGUGUCAACAGCCCAGUCUGGGCUGUUUGUGUGGUGACAAAAACUGCCGCUUGGGUUAAACACCGGAUGUGGGAGGGGAAAGGCCCAGGAGUCAGGUGGAGGUUUCUCACCUUUGCCCAGAAACUGGCCCGUCAGCUCUUCGUUCCUGGGUUUUCUGUGGGUCUCUCCACCCAGUGACCUUUAACAGCAAGAGGUGGGGACUGUUCAUUACUUUCAGGAUUUUCCUGGAAAUGCCCGUCCAGGAGUGGCCUCCCCACCUUUCCAAGGCCGGUAACCAGCCCGUCUAGCAUCUGUGUCCCCUUGCUCCUAGCCCCUCCCUGCCUUCCUUCUCCUGGGCCUCCCAGUGUGGACCACCAUCCCUUCUUCCCUGGGUUUUUUAUGCUCUGUCCCUUCUCCCAGCAUUUUUCUCUGUCACCCUUGGUUCUCUUUCUGUCCUUCUGCCUCCUGUUUUCCAUUCUUUCUGCUGAGAGCCAGGAAAGGGAGGAAGCUGAGAUCCACUGAGGUGUUCUAGAAGCAGGAGCCAUUUCUUAUUUUCCCCAGUGCAGCACCCCCAUCCCCUGCCACUUCCUAGCCAGAAACACUGAGGUUCAGAGGGGAGAGUUCCAGGCCUGGACCUGCGUGCCUCUGACUGUCAGUUUCAGUUGCCCCUGCUGUACCCUGUGACCACCUUACUGCGUGGUGCUGGAGCCCAGGACCUCUCUGCAGUCCCCCUCUUCACUCCAGUCACUGUCUGACAUGGACUCCAGCCAGGACAGGA